AUGGCCCUGGCCGGCGUGGCCCUCAAUGCGAGAGUAGAGCCGCACGUGAACCCACAGCUGGCAUAUCAAGAAAGUGGAAGAACAACCCGAUCGAUAGGGAUGAGUUUUCUCCAUUGGGUGUGCGAACGUUCCGUCAUCGAUUCGUAUGGCACAUGCUGGCAAUAUUUCCGCCAGUUCAAGCAGCUGUACACCUAUGCUACCGGUAAACGCAUCUUCUCUGGAGAGAAGCAUCGCGUAAACCUGGCAGGGAUCUAUAUCGGUCUUGCUUGCACAGGGGCGCGACCGGCCGAAUUUGUGGACGAUGAGAGAAAGAGUGGCAAGGAUCUAGAAGAGCUCUUUCCGCGAAGACCCAAGGGAGCUGCUGAUGAAGACGAGAAUGCCGGGUGGCUUGGAAAGGAACUCACAAGAUACACUGUCGACCGUGGACGUCCAAAGACGCUGUGUUGGGAGGACACCCUGCUAAUGGUCGUGCGCCAUCCAGCCACCGGCGAGGAUAUUCUGGCGAUGAGUAUCAAGUUUGCACACCACAAGGGGGCAGACAACAAACCAAAGCCGACUGGCCUCUUCUUCACCCCUGCUAGGAGGCUGAUCUUCUGUCUCAUCAAUGUCAUCGUCUGUCUAGCUGUGCUCGAAGGCGUAUUUGCUGCAUCGGAUUUGACCAGUGCCAGACAAGUUUACCAAAUUAAGAAUCAGGGACCAGUCACGUGCACUCCGCUCCGCUGGAAGGAGGAAUGGCUCAAGGAGCCUGUUUUCCGACGAUGCGACGACUCUAUUCCAGAAGAUGAAUCCGACAACUCUGUUCGUUCGAAAUAUCGUGUGGCAGUGGCCAUAGGGGCCUCAAGUGAAUGA